CAUGCCCGGUAAAGUGGGCGGGGCGAGUCACAUCCGGGUAUUAUGACCGUUCUCGGCCAGAUGCGGACUUUAGAAUUGGAUCAGAACUCGGGCUGCGACUGAUGACGUUUCACGAGUCCACGAGAACAAAAGUCCACACAAGAACGCAUAUUGAGAAAGGGCCACGGCAUCGAUUUUAACACCGGAAGUGUGACGACGUACGCUUGAACCGGAAGCGGAACCACGUAUCGAUUUGUUUAGCGUGAACGUGCGGGGAACUUGUAACAUUGUACGAUUCUGGCCCUUUUUUUGCUGCCCCAAACACACCAACGGAAACCUCCACACUUUCCUCCCGUUCUGAUUCAACAUGUUUAACCGACAGACGAGCCUGUGGAUGGGUGAUUUGGACCCGUACAUGGACGAGACCUUCAUCAAGCAGGCCUUCAGUGCCAUGGGAGAAUCCCCUUUUGGAGUCAAGAUCAUAACUCACCGAAUAACGGGAGGUUCGGCAGGAUACUGCUUUGUGGAGCUGGCAGACGAAGCCAGCGUCGACCGCUGUGUCCAAAGGCUCAACGGGAAACUGGUGCCUGGAUCGAACCCGCCCCGGAAGUUUAAGCUAAACUAUGCCACCUACGGCAAACGGCCCGAGGCGGGGCCGGAGUUCUCUGUGUUUGUGGGCGACUUGGCCUCCGAGGUGGACGACUUCCAACUGCACCAAGUUUUCAAGAAGUACCUUUCCUGCAAGGGAGCCAAAGUAGUAACAGACCAGUAUGGAUACUCCAGAGGCUACGGCUUCGUCAAGUUCGGGGACGAGGGCGAGCAGAAGAAGGCCAUCGAGGAGUGCCAGGGCACCAUGCUGGGGGGGAAGCCGCUCCGACUCAGCAUCGCUGUGGCAAAGAGCCAGAAGAUGAGCAACUACCACGGGGGCCAGGGCCAGAAUUACCAUGGCAACUACAACCAGUCCCAGUCCAGUUACUAUGGCAACCAGGGCAACGGGAGUCAGGGGGCUUACUACCCCCAGUGGGGAGGCUACGACCAGUACGGCGGCUACGGCAGCGCAUACGGCAGCGGCUACGGUAGCGCAUACGGCAGUGGCUACAACUACGGCCCCUAUGGGUACCCCCCCCCAGGCAACGCGGCGCCUCCACCACCCAUGGGAAUGCCCCCCACUGACAUGUCGGGUGCUACGGAGCAGAAUCCAGAGGAGGGCACUGAGGUAGACGAGGAUAAUUCUGAAGAACCCAUCCCGGAGUGUGACGUGCAGCAGUGGAACUUGGACUUCAUGCAGCGGAGCGAGGAGCUCUACGACGCCAUGAUGAGCUGUCACUGGGAACCCCUGGACUCUGUGAACUCCCCCAUCCCCUCCCUCUCCUGAUGCUGCUUCUUCUGGAUACCUUGUAGAAGAGCCCGUUUAGCAGACACACACCUAUGCUCCUCUUCAUAUAUCCAAAAGUACAAAUAACUAUUGACGUGAUUUUAAUGUUUACCAUGUUGGUAAUAUUCAAAAGGUUUCCCAAUAAUCAGUGUAGUGCACAUUGUAACUGAAUGAGCCACAGUUCAAGCUUUGCUAUGAGGCGCUGAAGUAGACUCCUCCAACAAUUCGCCAUUUAAAGACAUCACUGUAACGCGACAGCAAAGGCUAAAAGAGUACAAACAUUGCCUUAAUUAACAUUUGCCCUGCAGUUCCUGCUCCUCUGUAAUGGUUGUUGCGUUGACCUAGUUUAUAGGGGAUGUCUUUUUUUUUUAAUGAAGGAUUUAUUUUCUUCUUUCUGUUACAUGAAGUGAAAGAUGUAGAGUAUGGAAAGAUGAGCACACUGAGCUAAACGGUAAUAAUCCUUCCCAAAUGUGAUUUAUCAACAUUUCCGGAUAACAACCUCAAUGUCUUGAAUAGGUGCAACACCCCCCACCCCCCACCAGUGCUUUUAAGCACUGAAACAGCUGAUCAGAUGUCCAGGCAGCUUUUAUUUCCUGCUCUUUGAUGGCUGAUGCUUUGUAUAUAUUUUCUUUGUGGAGACAUUUUAUCAAUAAAAUGUAGGUAGAUGGUU